GGUUGACUGCGUAUUUGACAAAAAUGGCUUCUCGUGCCAAGUAGUCCGCGUUCUUCAACAAAAUUUUCAGUGAGUUUUUCUCAACUUUGCACCACAAUCUACCUCCUAAAAGUACUGAAAAAUCAGUGUUUGUGACCCUCAUUUUACUUUUCUGCAGUUGAAACAGUAAAAGCAGGUUUGUGUAGUGGUUAAAAUUGCAUUUAGAAAUUGUCUCAAAAGAGCACCUUCCAUUGCCCACAAAAUAAAUGUGAAAGCUGGCUCUCUGUACAAAAGUGAACUAUUAAUGACGAUGCUGGGCUGAAUCCUAGAGAUUCUCUCUGUACAAAUCUUCUAAUACUAACAGAAUAACCAUCUGGGACUUUUAUCAAGUAAUUAUUGAGCAAAUAUUCCUUAUUUUCUCGAUUUAGUUGGUUGGCAAAUGACUUUUCUGUGGUUUUGGGGUCGUUUUUGUGCAUGAAAAAAUGUCUCGUUGGCUGUUUUCUCUUUAAUUCUCUUGUUUCUUUGCAUUCUGCUUUUAAUAAAUCAACUUUUUUCUAUAUAAAAUGAUAAUAACUCAGCUUUUGCACACGACCUCUACUAUAAAAUAUUGUGGAAAAGUACUGUUUGUUGCUAUUCAAGUCCCCUUUUUCUCUUGUGCUCUCCUUAUGUUCCACAAGUCUCUCCAAGUAAAUAAUGUACUUUCCAUUCAACUCUGCCUCAACUCAACUCGUUGGCAGAAUAAAGCAAAUCUCCUUUCGCGAUAUAAAGCUUUGCAAUAUUGAAUGGUACAAAAAAAAACCGUGGAGAAAACGGGUUGUGUGCAGCAGCAGAAAACCCAUUUGUACUCCGUCAAGCUCAAAACUUGCUUCAGAAAUCCCCCCAAAAACCUAAGGCUUGAAGCCAAAGCACUUUCCGGGACAAUGGGCAACGUCAAAGGGAAACAUCUGCACCGACAGAGUGUGGUCUGUUGAGGCAGAGUGGCAAAAGAAAAAGACUUGGAAGACAAGCCAGGUGCUUGAAAGCCCUUAAAUUGACGAUGGGCAGGAGGGGAAUGUCGGGAUCUCACUUUUGAGAAAAUUAGAAUACCAAAUUUCAAUAACAAGGUGCCAGAGCAGCUGCUCUGGGGUUUAUUUCGGACUAACACACUCCCAGCUUCUUGUAAUCCCCUCGACCAUCUUUCGAGUCACCCUGAAUUCCAAGUAAUCGUCACAAUGAAUCACAUUCUUGGCAAGGCUUCUGCUAAAAAUUUGCUCUUUGGCCCCUUCGUUUGCCGAUAGGACCUUGAAAUUGAUUACACCACAAGCUAAAUUCUGACAAAAUUCUCUGAAUCUAAACAAUGCCGUCAUCAGUUUGUUUUGCAAAAUCGCAUAUCCAGGAAAUUACGUAAUUCCCAAAUAUACGUCCAAGGCUCAACCGUUUUUUAGAGGUUCUUCCAUAAAAGGAUAGCGUAAAGUGGUACAAGUUGGACAGUGGUACAAGUUAUACAAUGGUACAAUUUGGACAGGGCUUUUUGUCUUGAUAAAUUUAGUACUUCAUUUUUAUUUGUAUAUUUUUAAUGCUUUAGUUUUAUAAUUUGGUUCCUUGAGCUUAAAAACAAAUUUUGUACUGUAUUUAUCAAGAAAAAGCCAUGUCCAACUUGUACCAGCGAAUUGUCCAACUUGUAACACUAAUUCCAAAUUAUAUCACAUUACUAAGGAAAAAUUUUCAGAGUAAAGUUACAAACAUGUCUUUAAAAACGUUUUUUUUUUUUUUCAAUUAAAGAACCAUAAUGUUUCAUUAAUCUAACCACAGGAAGCAGUAAAAUUUUAACUACAAUAAAAGUUAUAGUUUUGUUAUUCCAAUAUUUUUAUUAACAUUUUAAUUAAAAUAAUUAGAAAAACAAGAUUUGGAAGUUCAUAGUAAAAAAAAGAAACAUAUAAAAAAGGAAUAAAACUGCCCAAUGGGAUAAGUCCAAAUUUAGCGUACACACAAUAAUUUUUCCUAAGCAUGUGUUUGAUUUGAAUUAAAAACAACGUAUAAGAGUGAGCGGGAUGAUUAGUGGUGGUUUCACUCACUCUUCAAGCAUUAUUUACAAAAGAUGUUUAUCUGUAUUGCUCAUUGCCUUUCCUAUGUAUAGGCGUUUUAGAAAUGUGUGUGUGUGUGAAAGAGAUAGGCUGAGAAGAAGCUUCUUACUCUCUCUGAAAUGUCAAAAACAUAAUCAUAUAAGUGUUUUAUUAUUAUUUUUGUAAGCAAAGCAGAAUGCCCAAAGCACAAUAACUUGUGUUUGUAAACAUGUUUUUGAAAUUGCCUAUGUGAGUGAGCGAGAUGACUAGAUCGAGAUUUCAUUCACUCUCAUUGAAAUGUCAAAAACAUGUUUACAAAACAAAAGUUAUUAUGCGCUGGGCAGAAUACAUUUUUUUUGUAUACAACAAUGUUUACAUUAAUGGCAUACGCACAAUAACUUUUGUCGUGGAAGCCUGUUUUCAAGACUCCCAAUGAGAGCGAGCGAGACAACUAAAAAUAAUUUUACUCACUAUUGUUCAAAUGUCAAACAGAUAUUUACAAAAAAAGAAAUUUUUGUAACGUUUUAGUAAAACAAAACCAAAAUAUUUUGCAUAUUUAGUUAUUCAGAGUCCUUUGGUUUUUAAACAUACUUCUAAAAUUAUUUGUGAGAAUCAGCGAGACAACUAGAAGUGUCGCAAACUCUCAAAUGUCAAAAGUAUGUUUACAAAACAAGAUAGUAUGUGCUGUUGAUUAAUGACCAGCGCACAGUAACUUUUGUUUAGUAAACAUGUUUUUGACAUUUCAAUGAGAGUGAGCGAGAUGACUAGAUCUAGAUCUCACUCUAUCUCAUUGAAAUGUCAAAAACAUGUUUACUAAACAAAAGUUAUUGUGAGUUGGGAAUAAUGCUCAACGCACAAUUACUUUUGUUUUGUAAACAUGUUUUUGACAUUUCAAUGUGAGUGAAGGAAACGAAGAUCUUCUCAUCUCCUUCUCUCUUAUAGGAAAUUUUGAAAACAUGUUUAUAAAACAAAAGUUAUUGUGCGUCGGGCAUAAGUUGUGUCUAAUGCCCAACGCAUAAUCACUUUUGUAAACAUGUUUUUUUUUAGUAUUUCAAUGAGUGGAAGUGAGAUCUACAUCUUGUCAUCUCGCUCACUCUUAUGCAGUCUACGCACUAUAGAGAAAUUUAUGUCCAUAUUGUAGCAAUUUGCCUACAGUUGCUUAGGAAAAACUGAAAUAUAGACAUAAAUUUCUCAUGGUAAAGGUCAUUAUAGUCGAAUUCAACAACAUGUUUACAAAAGAAAAGUUAUUGUGUGUUCGGCAUAAUGCCCAACGUACAAUAACUUUUGUUUAGUAAACAUGUCUUUGACAUUUCAAUGAGAGUGAGUGAGAUCUAGAUCUAAUUAUUGAUUAAUCGUGUCGAGUCCUAAAAUUAAAUUUGUCUUGCCAAAAACGUGCCACGUCAAUGGUAAGCGGACUUGCCAUCAUCAAAUCUCCUACACUCAAUUUUAGCCUCGUGGUGGAAGUAUCAGUCAAGUCCCCGGGAACUUGAACGCGUGGAUGUUCCUUAUUUGCUCCUCUAGCCGCUGCCUAAAGUUUUUUUUUUUAUAUGGAAUUCUUUGAAGCCAACUCAUAAAUUGCUUCGAAACUCAGCUUACACUUCGAGUUACGAAAAACUUUUUAGAUGGAAAUAUAUAAUAUUUAUCCAUCUUUACAACGCACAGAGUCCUGUGUACAAGGCACACCUCAAUUGUGCGUGUAACGGUCACGAGUGCAGAAAAAUUCCCAUACGCAUUUGUAUGUGAAUGUAAGAAAUUGGCUUCCACGUUGAAGGCCACUUGCCAGGGGUAGUUGCUUCCGAUCUAGUCACCUCGCUCACUCUCAUGGGAAAUUUUGAAAAUAUGUUUACAAAACAAAAGUUAUUGCGCGUUGGGCAUCAGAAUCGUCUCAUUCACUCACACAAUACCGUCAUAAAAUGUGUUUACAAAACAAAAGUGAUUGUAUUAUUUAGUCCUUGUUUGAAACUUACAAGAAUUAUUUAUUUACUAUCUUACUGGAAAAUUUGCUUUAAAAUAAUUCACUUUUUAAACUGGCUUUAAAAACUUCACAAAAAGUUAAAUUUUUAAAUACAAAAGUGAUUUUGGUUUUUGUCAAUUAUUAAAAAAAACAUCUUUGAUUUUACUAAGAACAAGAAAUUUAUGAUGUCUCGAUAAUUUUUUCUUAAAUUCUCCAACUUACUGAAACAAAUAAAUAUUAGAGCAAGACCAAUAACUAUUGCAAGAGAUAGAUUUUGCAUUUUAAAGUGCUUUGAAAUGUUCUAAAUGAGUUUUGCAGUCUCCGCGAAAAUCAAUACAAAUAGAUACACAACUACUUCUCAAAAUGCUGGCAAGUCAAAAAAAAAGAGCAACUGGAUUGGUGGGAAUUGCCCCCCUAAUCUGCAAAUUUUGUAUUUGAGAUCUACCAGUAUACUGCGAAAUCAUUGUGCUCUUACGUCAUAUGUGAGGCAAAAAGAGGCACGGACAAAGAAAAUUCGUGACUGUAUGGUGAAGUGUAAAAUGCCAAAGCAGCCAAAUUUUACUCACUCAACCAUAUUAUUUUCCGCAGACGCUCAGUUGUAAAUUUUGUUUUGUUCUCUCGCAAAGAACUGCGAUGUUGGGUAUAAACGAUGAGUUGAUGGUUUUUAUAUAGAAAACUGACUGCAGAGAGACCUCGCACUCUCUAGUGCCUUUUUUGCAUGGAGACCCCCUUUUUCGAAAUUACAAUGAGCAAUACAUUAAAAUAUUUAAUUUUGCUUUUGUUUUUUUCAUAAGUCGUAGACAUUGAUGAAUUUUAAUAGAAUAAUAAUGAGUUUUCUAGUAUAGAGAUGUUUUGGAUGGUGCAGUAGGAAUAAAAAGUGUAAUUGGUGCCUUGUGUAUGGACACAUUGCAAGAAGUUGCAUUCCUACGGUUUGAUUGCAAAAGUGUUUUGCUAAUAAUACUUUUGAGGAGUUCAGUGUAGGUUGUUUGUUUGGCUAUUAUGAUAUCAGACGGGGAAUAUUUUAAGUGUGAAUUGGUAUGUUGGUAGAGAUGGCUUCUGCGUAAUUUCUUAUUGUUAUUUUCAAAAGUCAUUGGGGAAUUUUUGUAUUGGGCAUAGAGAGGAAAUUUUUCAAGAUCACCCUGCUCAUGCCUGUAUUUGUUGUUGGUGAGUGCAUAAUUUCUUGGAAUUGCUCUGGCUUGUACAUAACAAUCUUAUACUGAAUUGUAUGGAAAGAGCAAGAGAGAGAGGAUGGAUGAGGAGAGACUUAUGUGAUCUCCUGGAGUACAUUCAUGUUGAUGGUUUUUUUCGUGAAAGAAUUUUUUGUGUAUAGUUUUCUUCUCCUCUCUUUUUCCCUAAACUAGUCCGACUGCAUUCCAAUGUAAGUUCCCAUGGACGUGGGGUCUCUUUUCGCGCGGCACGGUAUCCCAUUAGAAUUGUGGAUUGUAUAAAGUUUUCUUGAAAAAUCGAUGUAAGUGAAAGAGUCAGAGGGACAUGUCCAGGUGAUGGGGUCUCCCUUACGCUCAUUCUUGUUUGCAAGCAUCAGACAUGGGACACUAAUACUAACACAGUGGGAUUGGUGCAAAUGCACUCUUGGAGAGAAAAGUGGUGGAAAUGUACUCUUGCAGCAUCUCGGUGGUCCAUGGGAGAGACGUUUCCACUGCACUUCGAUCCAUUGUGUCUCUCACAGUCGUCCAGAGUAGUUUGUUAAGUGUUGUUGAUAGCAUACCCAGAAGGCCUACCUAGGGGCUAGAGAAAAAUCUUAAAGAGUGACAUUGAGAAAAAAAUUUCAGUGGAAAAGUUUAUUUUCGGGAAAAAAAUAUUCCUCAAUUGUGAGUGAUUUCUUGCCUGAAAGAAAAUGUAGUUUACGAGAUUUGUUGAAUGAAAUUAAGACAAAAAGAAAAGAAUACUGUGGAGUUCCUGAAAAAAAGAACAAGUACAAAAUUUAUUCGUUAAGAACUAAAGAAACAUCAAAGGGAGGAAAGACUUGAAGUAACGAGAGACUCAUUUGGACAAAUGCUAACUCUCGAUCUUCUCUUGAGGGCUAAAAUGGCAGUAUGUCAAUUGCUGCCAAAAAUUCACAGAUACACAAAUCCAGGCUACGAUUGCUGUGACAAUCGCACAAGGGAGAGUGGUGAGAGUGGGACUGAUGUUGGUCCGAGUACAUCAAGUGGUGGUAGUAGCAGUUCUUCAAGUGGAUCUGGGGUUGUAGGGAAUGAUGAUGUUGGUGGUGUAAGUCGUGCUCAGGCUCUAGCUUGUCGUCCAACACCAAUAAUGUCCAAUAUUGAGGAUUUGCAUCGGGAGGAGAAUCGUUUGUUAACUUUUGACAAUUGGAAUGUUGAAUUUAUUGAUAAACGCCAAUUGGCUAUGCUGGGCUUCUACUUUUUGGGAUAUCAGGAUGUUGUUAAGUGUGCAUUCUGUCGGGUGGAAAUUGGCCGUUGGGAACCGAGUGAUGAAGUGUUUACGGAACACUAUCGUUGGAGUACAAAUUGUCCAUUGCUGAGGCGUAGGCCAACAGCUAAUGUUCCUCUCGAUCCUGAGGCACUAAAUCGGGUUUUACCCAGUGUAUCUUAUGAUACUUGUGGUCCGUGCGGGGUGACACAACCACGUCCGGCGGUUUUUGCUGAAGCUGCCCAUUCGGCCAUUAGUACUGAUACAUUUACACCUGCAGCGGUGUUCUAUCACAAUCCACCGAGGAGAUGUGAUUAUGCCGAGUUGGAAAUUGAAGCCAAUCGAUUGGCAACGUUCCGGGAAUGGCCGAGGAAUCUCAAGAUGAAACCCGAUGAACUCUGCGAUGCUGGAUUCUUCUACACGGGUAUUGGGGAUCGUGUACAGUGCUUCAGCUGUGGGGGUGGUUUGAAGGAUUGGGAGGACAAUGAUUGUGCCUGGGAGCAACAUGCUCUGUGGUACGAUAACUGUGAAUAUCUCAAAUUGAUUAAGGGACAGAAGUAUAUUGAUGAAAUUAAGGCGAAACAUGCACAAAAACUCAAUGCCACUGAAGGGGCACAAGAAGCAUCAUCAGCCGUUACUGCCCUUCAGCAAGUUCCACUACCUGCUGCUAAGGAGGAGCCAUUGAGUGAAGAAGUUGUUGGGACGAAAAUCCCGGCUGAUGCACUAGAGAAUAAAUUGUGCAAAAUUUGCUUCGUGAAUGAAUACAAUACGGCUUUUCUGCCGUGUGGUCACGUUGUGGCUUGUGCCAAGUGUGCAUCAUCCGUCACAAGCUGCCCUCUGUGUCGAGAGCCCUUUACAACUGUGACCAGGAUAUAUUUUUCAUAGAUACAAUGCACAGCUUAAUUAAACAUUAUUUUUGUAUAAAAUCCCUACUAGUCCAAAUCAUACAGAAUAUAUUUCUCUGUUCCUGUCGCGUUCACUCUGCU